AAAAUUUGCAUAAUCUCUAUUGUUCUUUAUUUCUCUACCUAAACAUUUAUGGUAAAUAAAUUAAAUUUAAAUCAAUUUUAAUAAACAUUUAAGUUCAGUUUUUUUAAGAGCAGCAAAGUUUGUUGAUUAUUUUAUGUUGUAUUUAUUAAUGCUACUCGAAGUGUACAGUUCGUAGACUGCUUCUAUUCACUUAUUAACUAGCAGUUGGUUCUAUUUACAACAUUUUAAAAGGGUGAUCGGUUAGCUUUUGGAAUGGAAACAGGAAAUCAAAAUCUUCAAAAAUCUUCAUCAUUCAGCUUUGUGCCUGAAAGAGAAUACUCUGAAGGAAGACAAAAACUAUUAUCUUGGUUGAAUCAACAAAUGAAAGUUCAUCUAAUGGAUGGUCGCAUUUUGGUUGGGACAUUUGUCUGUACUGAUAAAGAUGCUCACAUUAUACUGAGUACAUGUUAUGAAUAUUUCAAUGAAAAAGAUUUAGAAACCGGAGAGUACCGACUUUUGGGCUUAGUAAUGAUACCGGGAAGACAUAUAAUUUCAAUCCAUACCGACGUACAGCAAACUAAUAAUCAAUUUAAACCUUUAACAAAUUUUGAAGAAACAUUAUAGUAUAAGUGUUUAAUUACUUUUUAUAUCUUUAUAAACUAUAAUGUAAUACUUAUGCAUCUUGUAUUUAAUAUGUUUGUAUUAUGAUUUAACAAAACUAUUUUUCUUUGUUAUUAUAUUAAAAUCAACUGUUGUGUUAUGUGAUUAAUAUGCUAAAGAUAAGAAAUAAUAUACCUAAAUCUAUUGACUUUCAUUGUUCUUUAAACUGAGGUUAGCCCAAUAAUAAACCCAUGGUGACUUGAUCAUUUUUUUCUUGAA